AUGGAGGCCCCACUGGUGUGCCUGGACGAGGAGUUUGAUGACCUGCGGCCCUGCAGGGCGGAAGAACAGGAGCAGGAGCCACUGCGUCCCUACGGCACCGUCCCGCUCACCCGGGAGGACUUCUCCGAGCUGGAGAACUUCUCAGAGAUGAUCAGCUUCAAGUCCAUGGAGGACCUGGUCAACGAGUUCGAUGAGAAGCUCGACGUGUGUUUCCACAACUAUGACACCAAGACAGAGGGGCUGGCGCCAGUGCGCAACCAGUCCCACACGGAGGAGGAUGAGGAACGGCUGCAGGACGAAGAUGUGUGGGAUGCUCUGACCGAUAACUACCUGCCCUCCUCUGGAUCCAGCUGGGACAGUCCAAACUCAGAGGUGCUGAACGGAAAUUUGUCCGAUCAGGAGAUCCACGAAAAGGAAGAGGAGGAAAUGAACGAGAGGAACGAGAACGCAAACUGCCUGAACGAGGAGCCGCUCGUAACGGCUGAUCAGGUGAUUGAGGAGAUUGUGGAGAUGAUGGAGAAUUCUCCAGACCCGGGGGAGACGGAGGAGGAAGAAGAAGAGGUGGACAGCGGGCACUCCUCACCCCAGUCCAACCCUUCCCUGCUGGAGGAGAUCCGCGCCCUAUCCCAGGCUUCAAACAACAACUGCUCCUACGAAGGCCUGAGCCUGAUGCCCAGCUCGGCGCUGGCGGAGCUGCUGUGCCGGGUGGAGGCUGCUAUCCGCCAGCACUCAGAGGAGCUGGUGACACAGCUGGCCCGGCGCGAUGAGCUGGAGUUCGAGAAGGAGGUGAAGAACACCUUCAUCACAGCGCUGAUGGAGGUGCAGAACAGGCAGAAGGAGCAGAGGGAGCUCAGCAAACGCCGCCGCCGGGACAAGGGCCUGAGCCUGCAGGGGCCCGUUCGCCCUGAGAAGCCCGGCACCAUGCCUCUGAAGCGCUUCAGUAUGGAGGGUCUUUCCAACAUUCUGCAGACAGGGAUCAGACAGACGUUUGGUAACUCAGGGACAGACAAACAGUAUCUGAACACAGUGAUUCCAUUUGAAAAGAAAGGAACCCCUCCCACUGUGGAGGACCUUCAGAUGCUGACAAAAAUUCUUUAUGCAAUGAAAGAAAACAGUGAGAAGGUGCCAACAUUGCUAACUGACUACAUUUUGAAAGUGCUCUGUCCUACCUAAGCGUGUGUGAAGGGGCUACUGAGUGAGUUUGAGGUGAGGGGCGUGGCGAUUCCAGGCGGCUCAGAGUGCCUCCCCUCCACCCCGAGUCAAAGCUGCAUGAGUUCCUAUCCAUUGCUGAUGAUGGACCAUUACAUCUAUCCAUUGUACCUGACCCAUUCAGACCCCCAAUAAAUGUCUGCCUUUGCUGAA